AAAUGGUCGAGUGGACAGACUUCGAGCGCGCCACCAUCCAGGACAUCUUCGCCAAGAUGGACUAUGAGUCUGUGGGCCCUGCAGCUCUUGCCAGGUGUCUGGUCGUCUACCCCUGGUGCCAGAGGUAUUUCGGCAACUUUGGAAACCUCUACAACGCCGAAGCCAUCAAGGGAAACCCGAUGAUUGCAAAACAUGGAACAACUAUCCUCCACGGUCUGGACCGGGCUGUGAAGAACAUGGACAACAUCAAGGAAACUUAUGCCGAGCUGAGCGUGCUGCACUCCGAGAAACUGCACGUGGACCCUGAUAAUUUCAAGCUGCUGGCUGACUGCCUGACCAUUGUGGUUGCUAGCAAGAUGGGCAAUGACUUCACUGCGGAGGUCCAAGAAGCUUUCCAGAAGUUCCUGGCGGUGGUUGUGAGCUCCCUGGGAAGGCAGUACCACUAAAGAGCUGCAACCGAGGACCAUCACAUGCUG